UCGAUUCAUCACCAAAUUCCCCUGCGGACUGAGUUUUUCCCGUCCUGCCUUUCUACGAACUCUCGGGAAUUUAAUCCACAAUUACAGUAAGCUUGGGAAAUGCAGUAAAGCUGAAGCAAUGGCUAUCCAAUAUGCUAUAAGGCAACUUUGGUUAAAUAAAUCUGGUAAAACCCAACGGCUGCGCUCAAAUCACCACCAAAUGUUUGGCCUUUUGCCUGUGAGAAGGAACUUGUACCAAGAACCAUUAUUUGGGUGGUUCCAAAACAGAACAAUGACAUCCAGUAGACGAGUCCAAGACCGAAGCAAGAACAAAAGAAUUCACCAUCUCGAAAUCGUGAAGGAGAAAUGGAAAAUAUCUUCCAAGGUUUUGUUUCUGAUGGAAGUUUUAAAGAAAGAACACGAGAUGAUAAUCCCCGUAAGGUCGUUGGACCAAUACAGGAAGCAAAUUAAUUUGCCAAAACCCCACAAAAUUACUGAUUUCAUUAGGAAAUGUCCCAAGUUGUUCGAAUUAUACAAGGAUCAAAGGGGAACCUUGUGGUGUGGAAUGACUAAAGAAGCUGAGGAUUUAUUGGAAGAAGAGGAAAGGCUGAUUGAGGAACAAUCAACCAAAGCUGUUGAGUUUGUUACUAAGAUUUUGAUGAUGUCGGUUGAUAAACGGAUUCAGUUAGAUAAGAUUGCUCAUUUUAGGAGAGAUUUUGGUUUGCCAAUUGAGUUUAGAGCCAAGUGGGUGAAUCAGUAUCCUCAACAUUUUAGGGUGGUAAAAUCUAAAGAUGGAGUUGAGUUUUUGGAGCUUGUAAAUUGGAAUCCUGCUUGGGCUAUUACAGAGUUGGAGAAGAAAGCAUUGGGAUUAAAUGAAGGUAUUGGACGUGAACCAGGUUUACUUUCUUUGCCUUUUCCUUUGAAGUUCCCUCCUAAUUACAAGAAGCUGUAUAGACACGGUGGGAAGAUUGCGCAUUUUCAGAAAAGGUCUUACUUGUCUCCGUACGCAGAUGCUAGGGAGCUGAAAGCAGGGUCAUUGGAAUUUGAUAAGAGGGCAAUUGCUGUUAUGCACGAGUUACUUAGCUUUACUAUUGAGAAGAGAUUGGUGACUGAUCAUCUCACUCAUUUCCGACGGGAGCUUGUGAUGCCACAGAAGUUGAUGAGACUUCUUUUGAAGCAUUUUGGCAUCUUUUAUGUUUCUGAGAGGGGGAAGAGAUUUAGUGUCUUCUUGACUGAAGCUUAUGAAGGUUCAGAGCUGAUUGAGAAAUGUCCUUUGGUGCUUUGGAAGGAAAAGGUCCUGAGCCUUGUUGGUUAUAGAGGAAAGAAGAAAGAGAUUCCUACUUUCAGCGACUUAUCAGACAUGGAUGAGAAGGAUUUAAUUGAGGUUGAUACUGAGAAUGACAACAUAUGUGCAGAAUUUGAGGAAGAGGAGACCAUGGGUGGUUUAGAGGCUGUUUCACUAACAAGCAAUGAUGAGUUGGAGAUGGCUCAUGUUUGCAGUGCAUACAAAGACAUUGAUAAAACUUGAGAUUGUAUGUUCAGCAACCAGAUGGCUUUAAUUAACUGCUUCAUUUCCAUGAUGGUAUUCCCACUUGACUAGGUACGGAAACAGGAUGAAUACUCAAUACGGAAACUCGCCUUCAACUGGGGCUCCUGCCCUGGGUUUUCCAGUCUUCAAAAGAGAAGGGGUCAAGUGGCAAGAAAUUGUACAAGUUGAUCAGGUUCAAAUUUCAUCGAACAUGCUGCGGUAUUUCAGACAUAACUCAAGAUACAAAAGUUCAAUCAGCGUGAUUUUUGGACCAUUGGAAAGCUAAGAGGAAGGGCUACAACUUUGGUGUUUAGUACUUCACCCAGUUCGGAAAGGAUCAUGAUAAAAAAUGUAGAGAAAGUCGAUUGACUGCAACAGACUGCACAGCCCAAUUAAGAGAGUUUCUCGCUAUAGCGAGAACACGUCAUUUAAUGAACAUUUCUGUAUGAGUUUCUAGGCUAAGGCUGAAAGCAAGAAUAUAAAUACAUGUUUUUGAGCUUAGAAAAAGAAAGGAUUCAAACACUAAUUUGGGAAAAAGAAGAGGAAAUCAAGAGAUUGAAAGAUCAAAUAGCUUCUCUAAAUAAUUUCUCACUCUAGAUUUGAUUUUCCCUCUCUAACUCUCUUUGUAGAGAGUUAGAACUCUUAAUCUAGGGUUAUGCUAAAUUUUUAUAUGUAGCUUGGAUAUUGU